GAAGUGAGUGUUUGCUGUCCGUGGAUCGCAGUGAUUUAUUCACUCCUGGCAAGUUGAGUAGAUAAAAUUAUCUGCAGUUAGAAUGACCUGGCAGCGGGGAUCAAACUCCACCCAGCAGACAGGAUCCCGACAGGCGGAGCGCAGGGAAGCCUGCGCAAAAAACGCACCGUGCGCACAGGACAAGUCCCGCAGAAAAACUUCACGGGGCCAAAGUCCAGCGUGACUGAGGGCAGACUCUGAGAACAGGGGGGGAAACACACAUGUCAUUUUAAAGAAAUGCUCCAAAGAUGGCGGUGGUAGCCACGGGACUUCCCUCUGCUGCCCCCGGGGUGCAAAAAAGUGGAUUUUUGGAGGUGCUGGUGCGCGAGCGGUGGCACAAAGUUUUGGUGAACUUGAACGAGGAAGCGCUCGCGCUGAGCUGCAAGGAGACUGACGAUGUCAAGUCCAACGGCGUGACGAACGGAUCUUACCUCGACAACAACAACGCCAACUCCAACAACUGCCCGCAAACUGCGCGCACGGAGCUGACAGAGCUGCCGGAGCGGGUUCCCGAGGCGAUCGCCAACAGGAAGCGGUGCGUCAAGGUCAGCAAGCAGGAGGUCGGCGGGCUCGGGAUCAGCAUCAAGGGUGGCAAGGAGAACAAAAUGCCCAUCCUGAUCAGUAAGAUAUUCAAAGGGCUGGCCGCGGACCAGACGCAGGCUCUGUACGUCGGUGAUGCCAUCCUGUCCGUCAACGGCGCCAACCUGCGGGACGCGACCCACGACGAGGCCGUGCAGGUGCUGAAACGGGCCGGGAGAGAAGUCACACUAGAAGUGAAGUACAUGCGUGAGGCCACGCCGUAUGUGAAGAAAGGAUCUCCUGUGUCACAGAUCAGCUGGGAGACCCCUCCUCCUGACUCCCCCCGUCUCGGUGGCUCGCCCACCCCCUCCUCCUGUAGUCCUCCAAGUUCUACUUUGCCCUCCCCAUCUUUGCAGGGUGACCGCAGAUGUAUACCCCUCCAGAUGUGCUACGUCACCCGUGCUAUGACCACGCCGGACCCAGACAACAGACAGUUGGAGCUGCACUCCCCUGACACCAGGCACACCGUGGUACUGCGGUGCCUGGACCAGCCGUCGGCCCUGGCCUGGUUUUCUGCCAUGCAGUCUGCCACAACCACACUGGCACAGCGGGUCAUGGCAGAGGUCAUCCAGAACACAGCCAGGAGCGGGAUUGCUGGCAGCAAAGAGAUCCGACACUUAGGAUGGCUGGCGGGGAAGAUGGAGAGUGAGAAGCAGAGCUGGAAGCCCAUGCUGGUGGUGGUGACGGAGAAAGACCUGCUACUGUAUGACAGCUUACCGCGAGGCAAGGAUGCCUGGCACAGCCCCGUGCACAUGUAUCCACUUUUAGCAACGCGUUUGAUCCACUCUGGUCCUGACCGGGGGUCACCUCACUCUGGCACAGAGUUGUUCUUUGCCACCCGGACUGGUACGCGCCUCGGCAUUGAAACCCACCUGUUCCGGGCGGAAACCACCAAGGAUCUGUCCCUGUGGACGCGACACAUAGUCAGUGGCUGCCACGCCUCGGCUGAAAUGAUCAAAGAAGUCACUACUAGUUGUCUGUAUCGGGGUCAGGAGUGCCGGCUGGUGAUUCACUACGAACAGGGCUUUUCUGUGCUGGCUGAGCCCAAAGCAGGAGGCGAGGAGAACGGGGACGAGCGAGGAGCGCAAACUCCCACGAGACCUAAACCGCUCCUCUGCUACACCUACGAGAAACUCAAGAUGUCCUCGGACGAUGGCGUCCGCAUGCUCUUCCUCGACUUUGGAGGAAAAGAAGGCGAGAUUCAACUCGACCUUCACUCAUGUCCGAAGCCCAUCGUCUUCAUCAUCCAUUCCUUCCUCUCUGCUAAGGUCUCACGCCUGGGUCUGGUAGCCUGACACUUUGUCUGUCAGAACAUUUUGUCCUCAGGCACGAAAGAAAGCCUCCUCGGCUUUUCUUGCGGUUUAUCACCUCAAGCUCCUUCAUUCGAGGACUCGGAAGUUGAGUGAUUGUAGCAACUAACCAGUCUGCUUUUUGGGUUGUUGAACAACAAAGGAAACAUCAGAGUGGCAAACGCUUUUCUUGACAAGGUUUUUAUGUGUGUGUGGAAGGUGGGGGGGGCUUUCUUAUUAAGAGCUGUACGGAUUCAAGUGUUGAUUGAUGUGGACUCCGAGGAUGAUACAGAGAGAGGAACGAAUCAGAAUGGCCAUUACCAUUGGACACCUGCAGGAGAGCCGAAAUUAAUUCAUGUUUAAUUCAAUCAAAAUAUAGCUUCAAUCUGCUUUCCAUUUCACAGAUAAUUUAUUCUGCAUUUACUCUGAAAGGGCAGUCUGAUUUCACUUUUUCCCCCACCAAACCCGACGCACUGUAGGAAGUCUUUUCACGUCUUGUCAGCAGUAUUGUUCCCGUUUGAACCUGAGAGGCACAGAUUCCCACAUGAUGUCAACGAACUCAAAUCAAAAAUCUCACACGGCUCCAGCAGGACUCAAAUGCAAUGUCAGAGUAAAAAAUAAGCAGAUUCAGAAACUCUUAUCAGGACAAAAGUGGGCACUGGGAAGGUUUGAGGACACUUAGAGUGGUGGGGGACAAUUUGAAUUGGAAACUCUCAAAUAAUAAAACAUAAUUUCUGUAGAUGAGAUAAAUGAUCAUCUUCUGUCCAGUUUAUAUCUGCUUUUGAAACUCAGCGGUAAUGUUUUAUUUAGUUUUUCAUGCCAGUCACUCAUUUUUAAAAUAAGGAAAACCUCAUUCCCGACAGUGGCUUGGAAUGUUCGUAUUUGUCCUUUGGGACAGUAGUUGGCAUUUACUGCUGUUUCCCAGAUACCAGUAUGUAAACUUCACCAUCCAUGAUGAAACCAGUUGGACAUGCAUGUUAACCUGGAGGUGCAUGUGUGACGUGAUGUCCAGAACUCCUUUAUGUAAGCACAACUGUCCAGACAGUUAGAGAUCAUCUAGUCUGGAUGGACUCUUCCUCCUUUUAUUUCAGCACGGACUGUGAACACCUCACAGCUGCUUCUAACCGAAUAACCAAGUCCAUUUGGUGUUUUAGCAAACGAGACCCGACCCAUGUCAGGUUGUGUCCAUUUUCCACUCAGUCACUUCAGUUGUCUCAAGAAGCUGAAAAUAUUGAAUGCUGCAUUCACGUGUUGGAAGUGUAAAAAAAUAGUCAUACUGGCUGUUAUAGUGGAAUUACCGUCAUCUAGGUUACGACAGGAGAUGUGGUUCAAACAGAUAAUGAGUGUAUUUAGUCAUUGUAUGCGUUUGGUGAAGGUUAGACGUUUUGCUGUGGGUGGACAGGUUUUCCUUUUACCACCCAACAACUGCAGUCAUGAGCUCGCAGUCCUGGAUGAUUAUUAAGUUCUUGUCUUACAUCAGUACUGACAGGAUGGACCGCAUGGAAUUUAUCAUUAUCUAAUACAUGUUUAAAGAAUAAUAUAUGUACUUACAUGCAUAAAUCUAUGGGGUGUGCAUCAAAUGGCAGAACAUCUCAUUUCCAUGUCCCUCUGUGUGUGUGUGUGUGUGUGUGUGUGUGUGUGUAUCACUUAUUUCUGUGGAAGCCUCCAUGACAUACUGUUGCAUGUGCAACACUUCUCUUUCCAUUUUUACCUCCUCUGGUCCAGAAUUUGCCUCACAUAUGUUGAAAAAAUGUCAACUUUUGAUGUGGGUUUCACAGAGGCCGUGCGCGCUGUGUGCCAGGAAGCUAGUUUUAGUAAGCUAGCAAGUUCUGGAAUGCUAACAAGCCAACUCCUUCAGCUCCAUUGUUGUGUAGUUGGCAAAGUGAAAA